AUGUAUGAACAUGCCAGAGGAAAAAAGAAGCCGGACACGAUGUCGCCUGUCGAAGCGAGACAAACCGCAUCAUUCCAUUGGACGCGGAAAAUCCUAGCUCUUCCAGGCUUCGCUCUUCAUGAUCGUCGGCAUUCUGAGACUUGCUUGAACAGGACGACUAGCAGCUGCAUCAUACAUGUGCAGCGUCGACUUUCCGGAGUCUUAGACCGCUGUGCGGGGUGGCUUUCAACGGAUUGCCGACAACAUGUUGCAAGUGGGAGCAUGCGCAUUGCUGUCUGGUUGGAAAGAUCGCCAUGGGAUGUGGCGGCGACCUGCUGGUUGGAGUGUCGGAUAUGCGCUUUCGUCGCACAGUGGCAAUCUCAAGCGCAAGGAGUAUUCGUGCCAAGAACCUUGUUACCGAGCAUGCGCUCAGUGGAAGCUCUGGUCUUCGAUGCGCAGCCGCUGUGA